AAAAAAAAAAAAAAAAAAAAAGAGCAAACAGAAACUUACUUCAGCAAUGGGGAAUGCGAAUUGUCUUGCAGUUCCGGCAAAAAGAGAUCUAUCUAAGAAAAGGAAGCCUUUGCCGAUUGACUCCAUUUUCAAGCUUCCUUCUGCAGUGCCCUCUUUGCCUCCAGGCGAUGGAUUUGCGAGCGGGAGGAUUGGUCUUGGAGGGAUACAAGUUUGCCAAAUUUCGACUUUCUACAAAGUUUGGGCCACCCAUGAAGGAGGACCGGGCAAUCUCGGAGCCACCUUCUUCGAGCCAUCGCCGAUACCGGAAGGGUUCCACAUGUUAGGCUGCUAUAGCCAGCCUAACAACAAGCCCCUCUUCGGAUGGGCAUUGGCUGCAAAAGAUGACAGUGGAGAUGAAUCCACUAACGGAUCAGCUCUAAGUAAACCGGUAGAUUACUCUCUUGUUUGGAGCAGCGAGUCGCUAAAAAUCAAGCAAGACAACAACGCCUACGUUUGGUUGCCGACUCCCCCGGAUGGCUACAAAGCUGUUGGGGUCAUCAUCACGGAGAGCCCCCAAAAGCCUCCUCUUGAGAAAGUUCGAUGCGUCCGGACCGACCUCACCGAGCCGUGCGAGAUGGAGUCAUGGAUUUGGGGACCAGGCAAAGAAAGCGACGCCAAUGGCUUCAAUGUCUACACCCUACGGCCGACCAACCGAGGAACACAAGCCCUUGGUGUCGCCGUUGGCACGUUCUCCGCGCAAAUUGGCGGGACUAACGCCCUUCCUCCCUCCAUGGCUUGCUUGAGAAACGCCAAUAAUUCCAACAAAGUACACUCUUCCAUGCCUAAUUUAGCCCAAAUUGAGGCCAUUUUCCGUGCUUACGCUCCUCUAGUCUACUUCCACCCAGACGAGAAGUACCUCCCUUCUUCAGUGACAUGGUAUUUCACCAACGGCGCGCUUUUGUACAAACGUGGGGAAGAGUCUAACCCCACCGCGGUCGCGCCAACGGGCUCAAACCUCCCGCAAGGCGGCGCGAACGACGGCGAGUACUGGCUUGACCUACCAAAGGAUGAAAAGGAGAAGGAUAGGGUGAAGAGAGGAGAUUUGAGCUCCGCACAGGUUUACCUGCAUGCGAAGCCAAUGUUCGGUUCGACAUUCACUGACAUUGCAGUGUGGGUAUUUUACCCAUUCAACGGGCCCGCGAGGGCUAAAGUAGGGGUGUUCACGGUCGGGUUGGGAAAAAUAGGCGAGCACAUAGGUGAUUGGGAACACAUGACACUCCGAGUUAGCAAUUUCAACGGAGAAUUGUGGAAGCUCUACUUGUCAGAGCACAGUAAAGGCACGUGGGUCGAAGCUUCUGAGCUCGAAUUCUCCGAAAACAAUGGCGGCAGCGGCGGAGGCGGAAAAAGGCCCGUGGCGUACGCUUCACUGAGUGGACAUGCAUUGUAUGCAAAGCCUGGGACGGUGAUGCAAGGCAAUGGGGUUAUAGGGAUAAGAAAUGAUACUGCAAAGAGCAAAAUAGUUAUGGACACUGGCGCGAAGUUCGAGGUGGCGGCGGCGGAGUAUUUGGCGGCGGCGGAGCCGCCAUGGGUGAACUAUUUGAGGAAGUGGGGCCCAAAGAUUGAUUAUGACACGAAGGAGGAAGCAGAGAAGGUUGAGAAAAUGUUGCCCGGAAGGCUGAAGACGGCAUUUAAGAAGUUUAUUGAUGGUUUGCCGAAUGAAUUUUUUGGGGAAGAUGGCCCCACGGGUCCUAAAGUUAAGGCCAAUUGGAUUGGAGAUGAAGAAACUUGAGAAUGUAUGAUUCAGAUUUCUUUGUUGCAUUUUUUCUUUUCACCUUUUUUAUUUAUGAUUUUUUUUCAUUGGAUUCUGAUAAUAAU